AUGGACUUGCACGCCAAGACGAAAGCUGAGGCGAAGAAGGCCAAAGAGCGGGAGUUCUUGGAUACUGCAAGCGAAGUCUCCGGGCAGGCCAAUGCCGCCAAACCGGCCAAAAAGGCCGAGAAGGGGGCUCCAGGGUCGGGUCAAAUUUCGAGAACCUCCAGCAUCGGCCCCAAAGUCAUUCGGGGGGCUCCAAAGAGCAAGACGUCGGAGCAGAGGGUGAAGACAAACAAGGGCAAGGCUAAGAUGACCAACGUGGGAACCAAACCUCCCGCUACCAAGCAGCCCCGACCCCAGCGCCCAACUACUCCCAAGACCACUACGGCUCCUCCCAAGACCACUACGGCUCCUCCCAAGGCCACUACGGCUCCUCCCAAAGCCACCACAAUCCCCCCCAAUGCUACCCCAAAAGCCAUCACCACAAUUGCCCCUAAAGCCACCACGAAGGCAAAAACUUCAAAACCUUCGCCAUUGCCGCUCGUUCCCAAACAACCUCAGCCCUAGUCCCCAACUCUCCCCAAGCGUUCGCACGACCGGGG